AUGCUUUUGAACCAGAUCUUCGCCGCAGGUAUGAUGUCUGCUGUUGCCUUGGGUGCUCAGUUCUUGAACAGUACUUCUGCUUCCACUUCCACUGCUGUGGUCACUGAGACUACUGUCGUCAGUGAGUUCACCACUUACUGUCCAUACCCAACCACCAUUGUGACCAACAAUGCCACUUACACAGUCACUGAAGCAACCACUUUGACUAUCACUGACUGUCCAUGUACUUUGACGACCACCAAGCCUGCCACUAAAUUCACCACUGAAACUACUGUUGUCAGCGAGUUUACUACUUACUGCCCAUACCCAACUACCAUUGUGACCAACGGUCAAUCUUACACUGUCACUGAACCAACUACUUUGACUAUCACUGAUUGUCCAUGUUGGAUGACCACCGUUAAGCCAGCUCCUCAAGAGCCAACUACUACGGGAGUCACAACCGGUGCCCCAGGUACUAGCACUGUUGAACCUUCCAGCACUCAUGAUAUCUCCACCAUUGUCAACGGUGGUAACAUGAUGGUCCCAUCUCUAUUGGGUGUCGCUGGUAUUGCAAUGAUGCUAUUGUAA